UUCUAACCUUAAAUUGGCGCGCAGUGUUGUUUUUUGUUGUCGGCAUUUUCUCGAUUUGAUGCGAAUUUAAUAUUAUUUCGCAAAGUGCUGUAAUUUAUUAUUUAACUAGUUUUAUUUGCAAUUAUACCGCACAGCAGCAUGACAGACUCUCUGGAGUACAACGACAUAAAUGCAGAAGUUCGUGGCGUCCUGUGCUCUGGGCGUUUGAAACUGACCGAGCAGCACAUAAUCUUCAAGAACACAAAGACCGGCAAGGUGGAACAGAUUGCUGCAGAUGACAUCGAUCUUAUUAACUCGCAAAAAUUUGUCGGCACUUGGGGCUUGAGGGUGUUCACCAAGAGCGGAGUGUUGCACCGCUUCACAGGAUUCCGGGACAGCGAGAACGAGAAGCUGGGCAAGUUCAUCAAGGAUGCCUACUCGCAGGACAUGGUUGAGAAGGAGAUGUGCGUCAAGGGCUGGAACUGGGGCACAGCCCGUUUCAUGGGCUCCGUCCUGAGCUUCGAUAAGGAAUCAAAAACCAUUUUCGAGGUGCCCCUAUCUCAUGUAUCACAGUGCGUCACUGGCAAGAAUGAGGUGACUUUAGAAUUUCAUCAGAAUGACGAUGCACCUGUAGGCUUACUGGAGAUGCGCUUUCACAUUCCUGCCGUGGAGUCUGCUGAUGAAGAUCCGGUUGAUAAGUUCCACCAGAACGUGAUGAACAAAGCGUCGGUCAUCUCGGCGUCUGGCGAGUCCAUUGCUAUCUUCAGGGAGAUUCAGAUCCUUACUCCGCGUGGUCGCUACGACAUCAAGAUCUUCUCGACAUUCUUCCAGUUGCACGGAAAAACGUUCGACUACAAGAUUCCUAUGGAUUCGGUGCUGCGACUCUUUAUGUUGCCCCACAAAGACAGUCGCCAGAUGUUCUUCGUGCUCUCCCUGGAUCCUCCCAUCAAGCAGGGGCAGACGCGUUAUCACUAUCUCGUCUUGCUCUUUGCUCCGGAUGAGGAAACCACUAUCGAGUUGCCGUUCACAGAAGAGGAGUUGCGGGACAAGUACGACGGAAAACUGGAAAAGGAACUGUCGGGCCCGGUGUACGAGGUGAUGGGCAAGGUGAUGAAGGUGCUUAUCGGACGGAAGAUCACGGGACCUGGUAACUUUAUUGGACACUCUGGUACAGCGGCAGUGGGCUGCUCCUUUAAGGCCGCCGCUGGCUAUCUGUAUCCCUUGGAAAGAGGUUUCAUUUACAUCCACAAGCCGCCUCUACACAUCCGCUUCGAAGAGAUCAGCUCGGUGAACUUUGCCCGAAGCGGCGGCUCUACGCGCUCCUUCGAUUUUGAGGUGACGCUCAAGAACGGCACCGUCCACAUCUUCUCCUCCAUCGAGAAGGAGGAGUACGCCAAACUCUUCGACUUCAUCACCCAGAAGAAGUUGCAUGUGAGCAACAUGGGCAAGGACAAGAGCGGCUACAAGGACGUCGACUUUGGCGAUUCGGACAACGAGAACGAGCCAGAUGCCUACCUGGCUCGCCUCAAGGCGGAGGCCAGGGAGAAGGAAGAGGACGACGAUGGCGACGACUCGGAUGAAGAGUCCACCGAUGAGGACUUCAAGCCCAACGAGAAUGAGUCGGAUGUGGCGGAGGAGUAUGACAGCAAUGUGGAGAGUGACUCGGAUGAUGACAGCGAUGCCAGUGGCGGUGGAGGCGACAGCGACGGUGCCAAGAAGAAGCACAAGGAGAAGAAGGCGGAAAAGAAGGAGAAGAAAGAAAAGAAGCACAAGGAGAAGGAGCGAACGAAAAAACCAUCCAAGAAGAAGGAGUCUGAUAAGCCCAAGCGCGCCACAACCGCUUUCAUGUUGUGGCUGAACGACACGCGCGAAAAAAUCAAAAAGGAGAAUCCUGGAAUUAAGGUGACCGAAAUCGCCAAAAAGGGUGGCGAAAUGUGGAAGGAGCUGAAGGACAAGUCGAAGUGGGAGGAGGCGGCGGCUAAGGACAAGCUGCGCUAUCAGGAGGAGAUGCGGAACUACAAGCCCUCGGGAGGUGGCAGUGACAACGAGAAGGGAGGCAAAGCCAGCAAGAAACGUAAAUCGGAUGUGUCACCAACCAAGAAGGCCAAUAGCUCUGGUAGCGGGUUCAAGAGCAAGGAGUACAUAUCCGAUGACGAUUCCACCAGCUCCGAUGAGGACAAGGCCAAGUCCAAGGACAAAGAGCCCGCCAAGAAGAAGAGCAAAUCCAGCGAUGACGAGAAGAGCAAGUCCAAGAAGAGCGAAAGUGAAGCGGAGGACAGCGAGGAGGCGAGCAAUGCCAGCGAUGAAGAUGAGGAGGAUGAUGAUGAUGAUGAGGGCAGUGAUUAGGAUCCGCUCCGAAUAUAAUUCCAUAUACAUCCCAUAAACACACCUACCUACACCUACACACACACACACACACAACUCACUCACACCCAGAAUCUAGGUUAUCUUUGCUUAGUUUUAGUUAAGUCUCUCCUGUUGGAUACAGACCAAUACAAUUUUGUUUAAUUAAAAAGAUACUACACAAGCAGAAUGCAUAUAA